GUCUUGCUGCAGAACCCCCGCAUGCACGAGGUCUACGAUCUCGAGGCCGUGCUGACUCCUCCUGAACCAGAAGCUGUGGUCUCUGCGUUGGAGGAGGCCAGGGCUGCAGACACAAAGAAGGAAGAGGAGGACUCAAAGGCAAAGACGGUGCCCGAGCAAGAUACCCCGGACAUGGUCCUCGACGUGCCUGUGGCUCCAGUGGUGGUCUCGCGUGGAAGUUCUUUCAAGGCGGUCUGCAUUCCCAGCUGGCUAGAGGACUUGCUGGGCAAGAUCAGCCAAGGGUCUUUCGACCAAGCCAUGAACUACGCCAAUGUUUGCGGGGGUGUGCAGAAGACUGUGCAGCUCAUCGUCAAGGGCAGGCUGGAAGAUCAGCUGACAGAGGUCUUGGGAAAAUUGAGACCGAAAGGUAGCGACAACCCUCCUAUCAUGGUCUUCCUCGACCCCAAGUGCACCCGCAACCUGUCGGACUACCGGUCUGUGCCCAUCGCAGAACCGCAGCUUUACAAGGUCUUGAGCAAGGUCUUUUUCGAGAACGGGGCAAUGCAAAAUCGUGAUGUCCUAGUUUUGAUGGAUGGCCGGUCUGCCAGGAACGGCAACAACAUCAGGUCUUUGAUCUCAGAGGGAAAGAAAGCCAAGGUCUUAGGCUCGCGUGGAGGCGUCCAGCUCCGUCUGUUCUACACCAACAAAGAGUUCGGUCUCGCAGGCGAUAACACUGUGCGUUUGCGCAAGUCCAAGACGGUCUUUCACGCUUGUCUUCCGGAUCCAUUGGAGACCGUCAAUGUGGUGGGGCGGUCUGAGUACUACUCGGGUCUCCCAAGCCGUCAGCGCAAGUGGAUAGAUGUUCCAGGCACCAACGCAAGCCGAGGAUGGUCUGGUUUGCCUCUUCGCAGCGAGGUCUACAACACGGUCUCACCAGAAACCAAGAAACUGGUCUGUGGUGAGAACGAGAAGCAUGCACUCGAGGCGACCACGGAAGGUCUCGAGAGCGACGUUGCAGAGGAGGUCUUGGAGGAGAAUGCGAAGCUGGUCUUGUUCCCUUGGGAAUGCACUGAGCAGGUCUAUGCCGAGCUCCUUCACUGCUUUGCCAGUGGGGACGUGGAUGACGAGGUGAGGUCUACCGUGCUGGACCUGACUCCAGGGUCUGGCAUGUUAUGCACGGCUGCAACACGUGCUGGUCUCCACUACGUCGGUCUCACGAACUCGCUGUUGCAUUCCCAACUGAUCGAGGAGACGGUGGUCUUGGCCCAGAUGAUGGACAUCUGCCAGUGCAAGAACAACGGUUUCCCAGGCAGGAAGUUCCGGCGCCGCUUGGCCAGGGUCUCUUCGCUGAAUGGGGAGUCGGCCGAUUUGGCCCCAUCCGCAAAGGUCUCACCCACAAAGCCGGUCUCUGAAGACGCCAAGCCAAAGAAUGGUGGGUCUCAGAGCAGUAGUGAUUCCUCGGACAGCGAGAACAACGACGAGGACUGA